AUGGCGUUAUAUGAUUCACGAGAGCUUCAAGUCUUCCAGCUAGAGAGUGCUGCAGAUACCAGAAGUUUGUGUGAGUUGCGUGCGGACCUUCUGCUGACUGGUGACUAUGGAGGAGGACUCAACCUUUAUCAGCGAACGCUCACUCCAAAUGUCGAAGGCUUCCAACCACUUUUAUACUCAAAAAAAGUCAGCCAACCGAUCGUUCAACUGGAAUGGACUGACGAGCGAGAGUUUGAAGAGCAUUGCAUCAUGCUUUGUCCAAAUAUGAUAAGUCUCAUCAACGUUCUCUUGCCAAGGAAUAAAGAAAGUAAUGAAUACGACGUAAAAACGAUCUUUGAGCUGCACACAAAGGAAGAUCUGUAUUCAUUUAGCUGGAAGCUCGCCGAACGUCCUAACCAUCUUCAUACAUUCGCGAUGACUCUAAGUGGGAAACUUCUCGUUUCUCGGGGCGAGCGUGUUCUUUACACUGUUCAAGUUUCUUCCGCGAACAUGCCUAGCUCGUUGAUCUUCAUUGAAAGUAUGGAUAAAAUUGUUGUACAGGGAGAAGCGAUGACCCUUUGCAGCUACGAUCAGAACCAGCUUGCCAUGACAUCCGAUGAACUGGGGCGUAAAGUAGCUCCUUCGAUGGAUUGGAUUUACUUUGGAAUCGAAAACAUCUUAGAGGUGGUUACAAUCGACACGAAACACGCGUCACUUGUUUUUGCGCUGGGGACGAGCAAAGUCUCUGUUAUCAACGGUGCAGAUGGAGCAUUAAUCCGAAGUGUGAGUAAAGAAGGAGUACGAAUUACUGCCAUGAACAUUUAUGAAACACGAAAAGGCUCGCAAUUGAAAAUCGGUAACAGCAAAGUCAAAUCCGAAAAUCGAAUGACUCGCGAAGAGCUUGACCGUGAAAUCGGUAAAAUUGAAAGAUGUCUUGAUGAUUCUGAAGCGCCGAAAACAAGCCACGAGCCUCCCAAGGCGCGGAUGGAGAUGGUUCCGUCUCCUGGGCAGCGGAGUGGCGAAAUUCAACUUUCCUUUCAAAUCAGCUUGCCAGGCAAUAUUCAUUCAAUUUGCGUUGACGUCGUUCCUGUGGACCCGAACCUAGGAAGUGUUGAAAUUUAUACUGAUAAUCUGGAAGAUGAAGUUUUCUUUGAGGGCACCGUGCAAGUGUAUUUUGGUAAACUCACGCUCAACUAUACACCUUUCCUCAGUCCCGGGCUGAUAGCAACAGCUAGUUACAUUCACGCAGGAACUGAAGUCUCAUCAACAGUCUCAAAGCUUUGUGCGCUGCCCCUUGAUCUCAUCUGUGCAAAGAGUUCUCUUUCAGAAGUGUCGCCUGGAUUCUCCGAAGUCACUCUUUUCGUUGAAAAACCUCAGCACUUGACCUACCUAGAGCAUUCACAAGAGAAGUCAUUCUCGUUUACAAGUGAUUCAUUCUGCAAAGUCUCUCUCAACAACUCAACGAUGCACAUAAUCGGUGACAGUGUGUCAACUUUGGUAUCUUUGAAUUCACUGAUUGAGCAGAAUUUAUCACCGAAGUUUUUGAAAAUGAUACAUAUCUCGGAAAGCCUGCUGAACGAACGUCUCAACGAAAUAAUUCAAAACAUUAAUACUAUGUGCAAUAAAUGGAAAGAACUCAACAGGCAUCUAGAACAGAACGUUAAGUUUCUAACUUCCAUCCAGAGGACAAUCAUGAUAAAAGCCAAAAGCACAGUCGAAGAAAAAAGUAUUUCCAAACUCGUCGAACUUUGCAGAAAAACAUCGAAUGAAAUAACGAGGCACCGGAGUGAAAUUCAAAAUAUCGAAAGAAAGCUCGAAAGAAGCCGAACUUUCUUUUUCGCGGAUGUACAGCUAGCUGUUCUGACUAGACUCGUCAACGAGGGUGCAGAUUCGAGAGUUAUCUGUGAACUUAGAGAUAUCUUUUGCUCAUCAGCAAGCUCAAAUGACAUGCUUCUUCAAAUUGAAUCCGACCUAAACUCGCUGUCGAUAAUCGUCGGGCUCAAGCCUUCCGAAAGCUACCAAGGCGAUCCUGCGAAAAUACUAAAGAAAACUAGCCAAAUAAUAUCAAAAGUCAGCACUGACACUGUCCAAUCACUGUUAAAACGUUUAUAA